AUGUCGCCGCCUCAGCGCUCGCCUUCUCCUGAGUUCUCGCCUUUGGCUAUUGGCGAGGACCUCUCGCCGCUCCCGGCGUACAAGGCCGCCGGCACCACCGCGACCGACUUUGCGGGUCUCCUCGCCGAGCCCCUGCGGCUGCACGAAGACCUGGCCUCCGGCUGCGGCGGACAAACUUGGCCGGCGGGAAUGGUACUCGCCAAGCAUAUGCUCCGGUACCACCGGGACGACAUGAAGGACUCGCGGAUAUUAGAACUCGGAGCUGGAGGUGGAUUGGUAGGCUUGGCGGUUGCUAAGGGGUGCACGAUUGGGAACCCGCUCUACAUUACAGAUCAGUUGGAGAUGCACUCCUUAAUGGAGCAUAACAUCAGUUUGAACGAGCUCGAGGGCCAAGCUAAGGCUGCCAUUCUAAACUGGGGUGAGCCUCUUCCACAGGAUAUCGCCGUCUUUAAGCCAGACGUGAUCCUCGCGGCUGACUGCGUCUACUUCGAACCUGCCUUCCCGCUGCUCCUAGCCACGUUGUCAGAUCUUCUGAAACUGUGUCCCUCAGCCACUAUUUAUUUCUGUUUUAAGAAGAGGAGACGCGCCGACAUGCAGUUCCUCAAGAAAGCACAGAAGCUAUUCAGAGUAACCGAGGUCCCGGAUGAGGACCGCCCCGUCUUUAGUAGAGAGGGGCUAUUCCUCUACACUUUCCAGGCUGCGUAA